CCCUUCUCGGCGGCUGGCAUGGCCAACCCGCGCAGCACUCCGCUUCCCCCUCCGCCUCCUCGCUCCCGCGCUCGUCCUCCGCCAGCGGCGGCGCGGGGACCGCCAUAUGGGACGCGUCGGUCGUCGACGUGCGCGCGUAUCUCGAGGCCGUCGAGCGCUUAUUCGAUUUGAUCGACGCCGCCAACAUGCCCGGCGCGCCGCCGGGGAUGGGCGGCGUGCGCGAGACCGCAAAGGCGAUGCUGAACAACGUGGUGCCGCGCCUCGAGGAGGGAUUUCUGCACGUGCUGCUCGCUGAGAGCCACCCCGUGCCGCCCGAUCGGGCAGUGCUAGAGGAAUCGCUGAAGCAGCUAGCGGCGGGGCGCUUCGACCCUCGGCUGGUACCAACACUGGAGUGGGAUGACCUGGCAGCGCGCGUGGACCUGUGGAAGGCGUAUGCGCGGCGGGGCGUGCGUGUGCUGCUCGCCGCGGAGAGGAAGCUCUGUGAACGGGUCUUUGACACGGUGGAGGACAGCGAGCAGUGCUUCGCAGAGACGGCCAAGGGCAGCAUGGGGCGGCUGUUUGACUUCGUGGAGGCAUUCGCGGCGGGCCACAAGGCGCCGGAGCGCCUCUUCGCCAUGCUCGACAUCUAUGAGACGCUGCAGGAGCUGCAGCCCGAUUUCAACGCGGUUGUGUGCGGCAAUGGUGCAUGUCGCAGUGUGCGCAACGAGCUGUCAGUGGUGCUGAGCUACGUGGGCGUGGCGGUGAGAGGCAUCCUCGCUGACUUCGAGCGAAACAUAGAGCAGGAGGACAGCCGCCCCCCUCCUGCCGGCUCCGUGCACGGACUCACCAGCUAUGUCGUCAACUACCUUGGCCUGCUCUUUGAAUACAGUGAUACCAUUAAUAAGCUGUAUAGCAGCAGUGGGAACGCAGUGGUGGUGCCGGUGCCGAAGCUGCUGCGGCUGAGGUCGGACGAGGAGGAAGAGGAGGAGUUUGAGGAGGAGGAGGUGCAGGGGGAGGAGGAGGGGGAGGAGGGCGGAGUGGUGGGGGAGGAUGGGAAGCGGUACUGGGGGGAGCCGCAGGAGGAGUAUCGCGAGGUGGGGCGGAAGAUCAGAGGCAUUCUGAAGGUGCUGGAGGCGAAGCUUCUGGGAAAGGCGCUGACGUAUCGGGAUGCAGGGCUGGCGCAUUUUUUCAUGAUGAACAACGUGCAGUACAUUGCUCGCAAGGUGAAGGGGUGUGAGCUGCGCAUGCUGGUGGGGGACGACUGGAUCAGGGACCGAGCAGACACGGCACAGCAGCAGGCGAAUGAGUACCUCAAGGUGGCGUGGAACCGCGUCAUGGCGCCGCUCAGAGAGGUUCUCACCACCUCCUUCCUCAACCCCAAGGGCUCGCUCAAGGAAAUCUUCAAGCAAUUCUCGACAUUGUUUGAGGAAGCGUGCAGGGUUCAGCGAGCCUGGAUGGUCAACCCUGGCCCUCUGCAGCAGGAGCUGCAUCAGGCUGUGCGGUACAGGGUGCUAUCACUGUACACCCUAUUCUACAAAACACAUGGUGCCACACUGCGGCAUCAAAGCAAGUACAUAAAGUACACGCCGCAACAGGUGAACGAGAUGAUAGGAAGCCUCUUUGAGGGGCAUCAAGGCGUCAUCGCGAUUCUCCUUUUCAACAUCCUUCCUCUUCCGUUCGCCACGCCGUUACUACGCCCGACGACUGACUUGAGAACAGACGACAUCGUCUUUCUCCCUUCGCGAUACGAUAUCGGUGAAUCGAAUUCCUCGGAUUUCACGGAAGGGGGGAGCGUGCUGAGCAAGGUAGAGGAGGAAAGCAGCGGAUCGGCAUUCCCUGAGGCACAAGCAGUCGACGCAUUCAUGAACCCGCAGCUCUUCUCUCUGGAAGAGCUCGCACGCCGCGACGUGCUCACGACGGCGCGCAGCGACAUGCUGCGACGCAUCGAUGACGAGCUGCGACACGACGACUCGGGAAAAACGAGUUCGCAGAAGGUCGCUUUUGUCGCAUUGGCUGACGGAAACCGUGCAACUCUAGUAAGAGGGAAUACCUCCAUGGCUCGCGAAGCAGACCCGUUGAUGGCUAAUGAGACUCGUUCAGUCUCUAUAGCGCCGGUGGAUCUGCCUGCGAAGCGUGAGUUUCUCCUAGAGGUUCGCGCCGCUAUCGCCGCCAUGACGGAUGUGAACCAAUCCGAGCUCGACGCGCUUCAGAUGAAGCUUCUGGACUUCGAAAAGCAGCAGAAACAACGAGAAUCAAAUGCAUUCUAUGAUUCAUGGCGGCUCGCGAAUCCCCAGGUGACAUGGCCGCCACAGAAUUCCCUAUCCUCUAGCCUCGCCGAGAGGAAUAAGCUGCCUCCUCGCAUUCCGCGGAGAACAAGCUGGGAUGCGCGCAGACAAUUGCGACGGAGUGACGAUUCAGCAGCCAAUAAUAAGCGAAGAGCAGUGGACGCUCAAGCCUGGAGCAAGGCGCGGCUUGGGGACGAUCAGAUCGUGAUGGUGCUGUUGGUGCACAACCGGCCGGCGUAUCUCAAACGGACGCUCGCAGCCAUGCGACGCGUGGAAGGCAUUCAAGAUGUGCUGCUAAUUGUCAGCCACGAUGGGUACUAUCCCAAGAUGGACGCCAUGGUGAGGGCGAUUGACUUCUGCCCCGUCAAGCAGAUCUACUUCCCCUUCUCCCCUCACCUCUUCAACGGCACCUUCCCUGCAGCUUCCCCUGACGACUGCCAACGUCGGCUGCCUAGGAGCAAUUGCAGUGGACAGGUGGAUCAGUUUGGAAGGUUUAGGGACCCUCGGAUAAUAUCUCUCAAGCACCACUGGUGGUGGGCGAUGAACGCGGUGUGGGGGGGCGUGGAGGAGACACGGGGGUUCAAAGGGCACGUGGUGUGGGUGGAGGAGGACCAUCUGCUCUUCCCCAACGCCCUGCGCCACCUGCGCGCGCUCCUCCACGCCAAGCAAGCGCGCUGCCCCCACUGCAUCGCCGCCAACCUCGCCCCCUCCGAUGUGGAGUCGAUACAGGACGACGAGCCGGGGGUGCUGACAGCGGAGCGCAUGGGCAACGUGGGGUAUGCGUUCAACCGCAGCGUGUGGGAGCUCAUUCACGCACAGGCCAAGUCGGGCGCAUGGUGCACGACCCCCUGGGACUGCUACAACCGCAGCUCGUCGCUGUGGGGCAGCUCUAAGCACUUCCCUGACGUGCUGCCCACACCCGGCAUUCUCAGCGCCCAGAGUGACGUCAACCCGGGUGGGUGGAUUGUGGACAGUGGAACCAUACCGUGUUAUGCGCAUCCGGGUGGGCUGACAUCAGGGCAGUACCGUAUUCUGUGCAUUAAGCAAGCCCCUUGCCUUUUCCACAACACCCCGUGGAAACUUCCUGCAGAUCUGUACGACUGGAACCUGGUCAUCUUCCCGUACUGCGAUGGGGCGUCUUUCUCUGGUGACAGGCACGACCCGCUGGUCUUUGAGGGAGUGCCGCUCUUCUCUCGUGGCCGGCGCAUCCUCGACUUCCUCCUCACACACCUCACAACCAGAUUCCACAUGGGCAAAGCACAACGGGUGCUUAUAUCGGGGUGUUCAGCAGGAGCACUGGUGGUGUAUCUGCACUGUGACUACAUCCGCCAUGCCCACAUGCCCCCCUCCGCAUCCGUGCAGUGCCUUGCAGACUCGGGCCUCUUUCUUGACAUUCCAGACAUCAGCGGAGGCAGGGCGGCUCAGAACCUCUUUCGCUCUGUGCUCUCCAUUCAUAAUGUGACUGGCAGUCUUCCCGCCUCCUGCGUCUCCUCUCGUCCACCUGAAGACCACUAUCAGGUUUGCUGUGCUGCUGACACCUGUGCAGUUAACACCCGUGCAGUCAACAGCAGUGCUGCCGCUGUGCAUAUGAGUCUAGCGCAGCUACUGCCUCUCCUGAGAACGCCCACGUUCAUCAUAAACAGCAACUACGACCUCUGGCUGCUGCGCCAUGCGCUCGCCCCACCAGAGGCGGACCCGUCUGGCGAGCUCAUCGCCAGCUGCUUGAGGAAGCUACACACGUGCAACCAAUCACAGCUCGCCACCUUGCAAGGCGUGCGGGACACAGUCACAGCCACUGUGGCACCGCUCCUGUCACCCACAGCAGGGACAGAUGCAGAGGGAGGUGGGGGAGGGCAAGGGGAUGUGCAGCAGCAGCAGCACGGUGUGUUUCUGUUCUCGUGCCUGACCCAUUGCACAAGCCACUAUGAGGACCACUGGCUGCGACUCACCGUGAACAACCAGACUCUCAUGCAUGCCGUCCGCAAGUGGCUGCGAGCCGUGGAUGCUACCGCAGACGCACAAGGCAGCAUGAGCACGCAGGGCAGCAUGGGCGCGUUUGAGGCGGCGCUGAUAGACUGCCCGUACCCGUGCAACUCAUGCAACGUGCAGCCCCCGCCCCCCAUGGCACCCUCGCCUCAGGAAAAGGCGGGGCGGGCAGGGGCAGCGCCAGGACAGAUCAACACAGGGGCAUCCCAAGGGCAGGUCAAGGCAGGGAAAGCACAAGGGCCAGUCAACGUAGGGGCAGCUGAGGGGCAGGUCAAGGCAGAGACCCCACUAGGGCAGGUGGAAGCACAGGCAGGUCGAGUGCAGGUGAAGGAGGCAGAGGUGGUGCAGAGGGAUGGGGAUGUGCAGCUGGGGACGAUACAGGCUGGCCUGGUGAAGCCAGAGACAGGUGAUGUUCAAACUACUGUGUGA